AUGGCAGUUGACGCAAUGGAUCUCGACUCAACCCCCCCCACCACAAUCGACCUCCCCGAGCGCAAGCGCAAGCACAAGUCGCAAGACUCGACCUCCUCCACCAAGAAGCGCAAGUCCGAUGAGAAGAAGAGCAAGAGCAAGUCUGCCUCUAGCACCAAGAGCAAGAAUGCCGGAGCGAAACAGACACAGACGAUUCCGGACUCGCCAUACACUUUAACGACUGCGACGCUUUAUCUUCCCCUGUCGCCUAUCUCUAUUUCUCCAACCCAUGCGCUUGCUUCGCUGCUGGCCGAGCACCUCUCUCCUCUCCUCUUAACCUACUAUCCACCGUUAAAGGGUAUUGUCCUUGCGUACUCGAACGCCUCGAUAUCCUCCACGCCACCAAACGCCUCCGCCGCAGCGCAGUCGCACGACCCCAGCCCGCAGCCAUUGACCCUCGCGACAUCCGCGAACGAAUACGGUGUCCUCUACGUCUACCUAACAGCCACAUUCCUCGUCUUCAGGCCGCAGCGCGGCCAGAUCCUCGAAGGAUGGGUCAACGUGCAGUCCGAAGGCUUCCUAGGCGCCGUAGUCCUAAACCUCUUCUCCGUGGGUAUUGAGCGGAAACGCCUCCCCACAACCUGGAAAUGGAUCCCCCCAGGCGAGGAAGCCCCCACAACCAACAAAACAGAUGAUGAAAGCGAAUCCGACACCCCGACAAAGAACUUCGACCCUGAAAAGGAACACUUCACACCGGUCUCCCUCGCCUCGGACGCGAACCCGCUCUCGGAAACGACACCUAACCCUGCCCUUGAAGGUGAAACCGAAGAGGACGAGUCCGCAGAAGGAUACUUCCAGUCCGUCUCUGGGCACCGCGUCCGCGGAACUGUUCGUUUCCGUGUCCUUGAUGUCGAUGUUAUUCCUGGUACGGACCGUGAGCGCGGGUUUAUGAGUAUCGAGGGGAGCAUGCUUUCGCCCGAGGAGGAGGAGGGGGUUGUUGAGGAUGAGAAGAAUGGGAUUUUGAGUACUGCG